UCACACUUCCCUAAGCAUAAGGACACACUCAGAGAGAACUAAAGACAGACAGGAGAAAAAGAAGGAACAAACAAAACAACCAACUUCUGUGUCAAGCUUCUAGCUACUUUCUACUUCAACAAGUCACAUAAAUUAAGAAAGAAAAAAAGAAGAAACUCUCUUUCUCUUUGCUCAGGUAUCUGGUUUAGUUUGGUUCGGUUCAGUUCGAUUUCGCAAUGAACGACAGUGUUUCGGAAUGGAAUUUUGAAAGUGAUACCUAUGUCACCAAUCAAAAGAAGUCUAUAGGGCUUGAUCAUGAACUUGUGGAGCUUCUAUGGCAGAAUGGCCAAGUAGUCUUGCAUAGUCAAACAAAUAGGAAACCAAUCACUUCAAGACAUGUUCAAAAGAAUCUUCAAUCAACAACAUUAAGGACUAAUGAAACAUUUGGAAGUUCAAGCAAUUUGAUUCAAGAUGAUGAGACAGUUUCAUGGAUUCAUUACCCUCUUGAGGAUCCAUUAGAACAAGAAUUAUGUUCCAACCUUUUAUCUGAACUUUCACCUUGUGAUGAUGUUGUUGAGUCUUACAAACAAAUUAGGAAUUUUGAAGAGGGAAAGUUUUCCAAAUUGGAUGCUUCUAGUGAUCCUCAUGCGAAUAUAAAUUCGCAACCGAGUAAUUUGAAACCUUCCUUUGUUCAGGAAUUCUCUAAGCCGGAUCAAAGGUUUCAUCAUGCUCCUGAUUCGUCGCACAAGAUUCUAAACUUUUCUCACUUUUCAAGACCACCUAAUGUUUCUUCUGUGACUGGUAAAGGCGAUGCGCAUUUUAGAGACAAAGUUACUUCUGGCAAUUUGUCACAAGGCGAUAUUAGAGAGUGUUCGGCGAUGACAGUUGUUUCGAGUUAUUGUGGAAGUAACCACAUCCCUCAAGAUCAAGAUGUAAGCAGAGUAUCAAGCAACGGUGUUUGGAAUACUACUUUAUCAGCCGAGCCCAAACCAGUCAAAGAUGACAUUCAUAAAACAAUUCCUCGGCAUGAGAAAGGGAAAUCUGAGAUGAUCGAACCAACUGUUACUUCAUCUUCUGGUGGAUCAGGAAGUAGUCUUGGAAAAACUUCUUCCUUAUCUACAAGAAGCCAUGGACAAAAGAGGAAAAUUAUCGAUGUCGAAGACUCGGUUGAACAAAGUGAGGACACAGAACUUAAAUCAGCUGUCCGGAACAAGGUGUCUCAGCGAUCAGGGUCGGCCCGAAGGAACCGGGCUGCUGAAGUGCAUAAUCUUUCAGAAAGGAGACGAAGAGAUAGGAUUAAUGAGAAGAUGAAAGCUUUGCAACAACUCAUACCUCAUAGUAGUAAGACAGACAAAGCAUCAAUGUUAGAAGAGGCAAUUGAAUACUUGAAAUCUCUUCAGUUACAACUUCAGGUAAUGUGGAUGGGAUCUGGCAUGACACCAAUGAUGCUUCCUGGAUUUCAACACUAUAUGUCACAAAUGGGAAUGGGAAUGACAGCACCUUCAUUUCCUCCGCUUCAAAAUCCGAUGCAAUUGCAGAGAAUACCUCUCGAUCAAUCCGUACAAACGCCGAACCAGACAUUAAUGUGCCCAAAUCCUAUUUUAGGUGCCUUUAAUUACCAAAAUCAGAUACAAAAUCCGGCUCUUUCGGACCAAUAUGCACGUUACAUGGGCUAUCAUCUUAUGCAAAAUGCUUCUCAGCCAAUGAGUAUGUACAGAUAUGGUCCCCAAGGAGUUCAACAAACUCAAGCAAUGAUUCCACCAAGCAAUAGCAGUGGACCUAUUAGGGGAGUAGUAAACGUUGAUGAUUCUGUAAGUGGAAAAAUGGGUUAAUUAGUUUAGAAGCUUGCCAACAGAAACCUAUGGUGUAACUAACAACAAAAUUGCAAGAUGACAUAAGCCCUAUAAUUUGAUUUCAUAGUAUUCAUAUAUAUUCCACUUGAUUCAUAUACAAGUGACUUAUUUUUUAUCAAUAAUUGGAUGUAAAUUUUGUCCAAACCAAAUUAGAAGCAACAAAAAAAUGCUCUAAAAUCAAAAUUAUAAAAAUUUGGGUUGGAUUUGACUUAUUAAUCCUACUCAAUCAAUUUGUAAGGUUAAAAAUAUCUCAUAUUUGUAAAUACAUUUUUAAUA